CCUAUCAUUCUACCUACAUCAUAGUAAACACAUCAGCAGGGCUAGAGUGUCGCGCCUGGUGACCUUGCGCAAGUUGACCUUCAAGUCAAACUUAAGAACACUUGAUGGUUUCCAGCUAGCCUUAUGCCCAUAUACCGAAUGAGACAUUGACACUAUCAACCAGAUUGACAACUGCACUGACUCAGCGCGUGACCGCGCUUGGAACCUUUGACAUACUCCAUGGACAUCGCAGAAGCCCUGAACAGCGGCAAAUUCGUCGCCCACGACGGGCCGAUUGACGAGCAAGCAUGGGACCGAGUUGUGACAGCGCUGCCGGGCGCGGUAGCGGUGGGCGUGCGCCUCAGAGGCUGCGGACUUACAUGCCUUCAUGCCGUACAGCUGGCGGAGGCCCUGGCCUCUAACUCCACCCUGGAGCUCCUGGAGCUGCCCGAAAACAACAUUGCGGAGUCAGGCGCCAAGGCUCUGGUGCAGAUGCUCAAGCUCUCCAACACGACGCUGAAAGGCGUUGACCUGUCAGGAAAUCCGUGCUCGGACACAGCCGUGGAGACGCUGCAGGACCUGGAGACUCUCAUGCGCCGCAACCGCGUCAUCAAGAAGCUGCCCAAGACGCCGCCGCGCGUCCCAAGCAGUAGUGGUGGUGGCGGAUCGUCCACUGGUGGCGCUCCGGGGCAACCAGGCGUGCCGCUGUCUGGCGCGGCCUUUGAGAUUGAGCGACGGCUGCAGCACCUGGAGGAGGCGGAGGCCACCAUCCGCAGCGAGCUGGAGCACGUGCGCAGCUUCAGCACGCAAAGCGAGAGUUGGCAGAAGAAGAUCGACACGGCUGGGCAGCAGAUCGCCGCCAUCCUGUCGCUGGUGGACAGCCGCAACAUGGCGCUGGAGACGCGGCUUCAGGCCAUGGAGCGGUGGCGGGUUGUGGCGGAGCAGGCCUGGGCGGACCAGUCAAAGGUGGUCGAGGAGCUGGCGAACCAGCUGCUAGCGCUGCAAGCCCGGGUGCAGGCACUGGAGCGACGGCUGCCUCCUGGCGCCGGCAGCAGCAUCAAUGGCGCCCCCGCCACGGCGUUUGCCACAUCGGCGGCCAGCCUGCCGGCGGCCGAUGCGCUGUGGCAGGAGCUGCAGACCCUGGGCGAGCGGCUGCUGCGGCUGGAGGGCUCUGUGGGAAUGGGGCUGGGCCGGUCCUCCACCCGGGCGCUGCUGCAGGACCGCGCGGUGGGCGCCAGCAGCGGCUCGGCGGUGAUCACCGUCAUCGAGGAGCACGUGGAGAGCGGCAACGCUGAUGGAUUGGUGCCAGGCGACCAGCAGGUGGGCGCUGAGGCCGGAGGCCCCCUCUCCGUGCUGCACAGUGAGAUCAGCUUUGGGCGGCCGGCCGGCCUCAGUGCCUCAACCUCUGCCCGCUCGCUUGAAGGCACCUCGCCUAAGGCUGGCCGCCCCGAAGCUGUUGUUGCCGGUGUCGGCGGCGUGGACAGCAGCUACAGCAGUCCCUCCGGUCUCACGCCAUAUGUGGAGCGCUCGCGGUGCCGCACGGUCGACACCGCCAACGCCGUGCAAUCGCGCGGCGACGAGGCUGCUGCCGCCGCCUCGUCCACGACUUGGGACGAGCACGAUGUCGAUGAGGGCGUCAUGGAGGAGGAGGAUGUGGAGGCUGAGAAGGUCGUGUUGGGGAUGGGCACCGGCAGCGGCGCUGUGCCUGCCCGCCGCGGUGCUGGCGCCCCCAGGCUGGAGGUGCCCGGCAGCCCCAUCAUGUGGCACACCAACACGUGGGCCGCGAGCCCGAGCUCCGCCGGCAACACGCCGUCCGCUAACGACUCGCUGCCCACGCGUGUCUUCCUGCGCGACAGCGACCGCUUUUCGGGCGGCUCCAUCAGCGCUGGCAACGGCCAGGCCGCGGCCACAGGCCAGGCGCGCGGUAGCCAGCGGGCACGUGCGACGGGCAGUUCCUCGCAGGGCCGGGCCGUGUCGGCGGCGGUAGGAAGCGCACAGAGCGGCAGUGCCGGCGCUAUGCCGCCUCGCGCUCCCAGCACAACUAUUGCUGCUGCUUCUACCGGCAUCGCCGAAGACCCGGAGGACUGCACGCCGCUCAUGGCCUCUACGGCAGUCGCAGCAUCGGCCGCGGGCGCCUUCCUCUCCGGAGCCACAGCGGCUGCCGCUGCGAAGGUGGCGUGCCAGCGGCCCGCUUCGCCGGCGUCAACCACGCCCGUCAGCCUGCGUCCGCUCGUGCCCGUGGGUGGCGCCACGCCGGGCAGCAAGGGUAGCGUGCGGCUGUACGGCGCCGGCAACCGGGUCAGCGACGCAGGUAUGGGCGGCGCCAGUCCCGCGCUGGCGCGUUACGGCUUGGACCCCCAGGACAGCGGUGACACGCCGCCCAGCAGCCCCGGCCACCGCCACCAGGUGGGCAGCCCGUUUGCAGCGGCCUCGGGUGCCACGGCGGCCGCCGCGGCCGUGGAUGCGGCCGGCACGCCGGUGCUGAGCAAGGACAGCUCCAAGGGCAGCCCGCCCUUUGAGAGCACCUUCAGCGUCGACGCCGAGAAGCUGUCGCUAUCGGCCGCGGUGGCAAGUUGGUCGGCCUGCCCGCGCACGCCCGCGGCCGCCACCACCGCGGACCUGUCGCCGUGUGCGCCGUCACACCGCACGCGUGCCCCAAUCGAGCAGGAGCAGCCUGAAGGCGAGGAGGACGGCGCGUGUGAGGAGGAGGACGAGGACGACAUAGGCGACGACGAGGUGGUGGAGGACCAGGACUUUGACGACGCGUUCCACACGCCGUCCAAAACGCUGGCGGCGACGGUGGGCGGUUCGGGGCUCGCCAGCUGCCGUGGUGCGGCGCAGCCGUCUGUUGCUGACCCCUUCAUGACCCCAGGCAUGUCAGUGCGGCAAUGGGCGGAGGCGGCCUCCUCAGUAAAGCCUGCCGCGGGCUACGGCGCGGCCACCGCGCACAUCCCAUCCGUCCAGGACAUCACUCCAAUCUCGCGACCGUCGGAGGCUACGGCGCCCAGCCUCGCAGCCCCUUCGGAUGGCGCCACGCCCUGCUCGCGCGCAGCGGCGGCACCUGCCGCAGCUGACCGCUCAGCGGCCAGCUCGCAGCGGGACAGCGACCGCGACUGCGACCAGGGCGCACAGCACACGGUAGCCGCCGCCGCUCAUGUGUGCAACAGCAACCCUUGCAGCGCGGCUGCCAGCCAAGGUGGUGGUCAGGCACCUCAGCGCGCAGGUGCUGCACGUGGAGUGCCCCUUGCCGGUGCCGGUGGUGCCAGUGGUCGGCAACCCGCUUCAGCAACGCACGGGCCAGGUGCGCUGAAGGCGUCCCAGUCAGCGCCGCACCAGCACCACCAGCGGGCACCACCAGCUGGUAGCAGGCAACCGCACAACCACAGCAACAACAACGCCGCGCAGCACGCCAUCCUCGCUGGCCAGCGCUCGCUCAGCGCCGGCGGCAGCCACGCCAGUGGCGCAGCCGCCGGGAACGGAGCCGCGGCUGGCCGCAACCACACCGUGUCGGCCGGCGGCGCCAGCCACGCCGAGCAGGCGGUGGCGCGCCUGGGCACGUCCCGGUCCGCACGUCAGCCCGUUGUUGCAGAUCAGCAUCAGCAGCCCCAGAUGGUGGGCAGGGACGCCACGGGAAGUGACGCCGGCGCGGGGGCGGACGCGCUGCAUGGCAAGGACCAGGCAGCGCACUGCGAGUCGGGCGACGGGCACGGAGAUGGCAAGGCGGGUGCAAAGGGCCGCAUUCCACGGGGUCUGAAGCUUGGUGGCGUGAUGAUCUCGACUAUGGGAAAUUGUCUGCCGAAGGCGGGCGCGCCUGGGGCGGCGGCGCAAGCCGCUGCCAAGGCCGCGGCCGCGAAGGCCACGGCGCGACCUGCCAGCCAAACAGGUUGGAAGCGUUGAAACGGGGCGGGGCGGCUCGUAAAGAAUUGAACGGUAGGUAUGAGCCUCUGGGACAUUCUGCUACAUGGCAUAGGGCUAGUCAACACGCAUCACAAGCAACAGUCCAAAUACGUAGAGCCUUGCUGUGGGGCGUUGACGGUGCGUGGGACGAAGGGGCUGUUGGAGUUGCUUGGAACGGGGAUGACCAAGGCAGCCAGCCAUGCGUGGCGUGGGAUGCCCUCAGGUUGGCGGUAGUCAAUAAGACUUAACUGGACGACGACAGCGACCUGCAGGCUGCCGGCGCAGCAGUCGAUUCCUGGGUGGCCGAAAAGGCCGCAAAUGACGCGGCGCAUUAUACACACACAUGGACGGCGUGACGGCUGAAGCAUGGCAUCAGGCCAGAAGGAUGCAUUGUGACCGUGUGGUUGGAGACUGGAGAGGUGUUGGCAGCAGCCUGCAGAAGUUGAGGAGUUGCACCGGAGUUCGCUCGAAGUGGCACGGUGCGAUGGAAAGCUAAGACGGGAUGAGGCAAGGCUCCAUGAGGCAUGCAAUGGGGGUUGAGGCGGCCAGGGCGCCGGAUGAGGCGUGCAGUGCGGGCCCCUCCUCCUGCCGGCCUGCCCACCCAGACCGAGAAGCAUUACACUUCCAGACCGGGAUCGUCCAAUACGUACACCUAAUGCGCGCCAUGUCCCAGGCCGACGCCUUUCUACCACGGCCGCGCCGGUGACGGCUACACCUUCACGACCUGAUGGUGCCGGCCAGCCGGCGGCCACGCGGGGUGGCGUGUGCUCGGGCCGGAAGGAUGCAACGGCGGAUGCGGGGCGCUGUGGCGGGGGCACUGGGUAUGUAUGUGGGCCAUUGCUUCAUGGUCCCGGCACGCUCGGCGUGCACAGCCUUCGGCAAAACCGCCG